AUGGGGGCGAAACACUCGCGUCCUCGCUCCAACGGAGGGCGCAGGUCACAUUCCUACCACGUCAACGUUCCCCAUCCCCUCAUCCCCAUUCCCAUCAAUCCAAGUGUACGCUUCGUCACCACACCCACAUCUCAAUUCACUUAUCUUACCUGGGACGAACCAUCCACCCGCCCCCAUAAACUCGACUCCGUCGGCCACAGGCCAGAACAGCGCAAGGUGAGAUCUCUCUCCGCUUGGAGCUUGGCCGUCUCCCUGGGUGGUCUUCCAGAGAAGCUGACCGCAGAGAACCAGAAAGCCUUUCCAACCAUGUCACGCCCCCCACCCGCGCGACCCCCUUCAGCCUCCAGUAGCAAUCCGGGCACGUUCAAGGUGACGCCGACGAAGCCGAAGUCGCGGCCCUUUGCUGCUGGCAGUAACGCGGAGAGGCCAGAUGGCCCGUUCGCCGAGGCGAUUCCAGUGCGUCGCAAGAAUGGACGAUUGCAAGACACGCCCCUCCAGCUGGUGGUCUUUGGCCUUUCCGACCAUCAAGCAGACGAGGCACUCGAGCAAGUCAAGCGCACCUUGCGACAGAUGGAUGCUGUUGCAGGCGGACUCGAGUUUGAGGACCUGGUCAUCAGCCCGAACGACCGCAGCUCCAAGUCGAAGUGUGUCGGAGUUCGCGUAGAGUGUGGAAGCUCGGGGUGGCUGAAAGAUAUCGACCUUCAACGCGCCCUUGGUCAUGUGCGAAAGCACCUUGUCGACAAUGGCCGUGAAGCGUACUGGGCCAGCUCGACGGGCGUCGACCGUCGCAACGUGGGCGUGUUUAGCUUCGAGAGGAAAGAUCCUGACGAGCCCAUCAGGACUACCGAACAUGAAGCUGUGGACUUCGCACGGGACAUCUGUCGGAGCUUGGACCACUACGUGGUCGACGCGGUCGCCCACGGCUUCGACAAGAAGGCGAAGGAGGAUGAAGCGCCACGCCGCGUCGUUGUGACCAUGAAGAGGGCGGACUGCAUGGACAGCAUCCAAAAAGCUGUUGCAGAGCGGAUGAAGACGGACGCAGGCAAGGCUCUCGACUACAAUGUUACUUUUGCUCGCACACGCACCAUGAUUCCGGUGUCGACGCCAGCGACAAUUGUGGGCCUUAAUCGUGGACAUGUCGACGGUGCCCUGCUGCUGAAGGAGCUGCGCUUCUGGAGGGAUGAAUACAACACCAAAUUCGGCGAGAAGCAGGAAAUUCUGUCAUUUCGACCGCAGCUGGUCGUCGGCAGUGUUCUGGGGCAUGCUGUGGUGGUGCUUAGCUCGGUCGGGCUUGCGCAGUAUAUUGCGGGUCAGGAGUCGGUGAGCGGUUGUCCAUACGAACUUGCAGUGGUAGCGAACCGCAACGAACUGCGGUCACCACUCGCCCUCGCCGAAGCAGAGCAAGUCCGUCAAGCCUCGGAGCGCAGGGGUCUUACCGAGGGCGUUGAGGAGCUCAAGGCGAGCACUGCGGGGCAUCUGUCCAAGAUCGAUGGUCGCCUCAGCCAAGUCUCCAAUUUCGCGCACAACUUCAAGGUGUUUGGCAAGGAUCUUAUCCAGAACCUUCGCCUGGAAUUCCAGCAGCUACAGCAUGAGUCCGAGUAUGAUCGCCGUAUCACAACCGAGAGCGUACGUUGGAAUGCUCGAGGGAUGGAGGUUGAGGCGAUGCGCCGGGAGAUCCAGCUUCUCGACAAGCUCAUCGCCGGCUCCAGUCCAGAUGACCCGAUGUUGAAGGAGCGCUCAGAACGCCUGGAGCUGCUGCGCAAAGAGGAGGACAAGGCUCUCGACGACCUGGAGGACCUGCAGAGCAGCAUCGCUGCCCUCACAAAGCAAAGGUCCUGCCGCAUCGCGCUUGUAGAUAACACCGGCCUCGGCCUCCUCCAGCCUGUACAGGGCCGCUCCCAGCCCAGCACCGCGACCCCUGCGUCGUCCGCCGCGGGCCCCUCAGCUGUUCAGGCCCCCGCCACCGAGCCUCCUGCAACGACGACCCCACCCUCAGCGGACGCCGCCUCCGCUGCAUCUCCAUCGGGCACUCUACCUCCCGGCCACCCCCAGCCUACACCUCCACGCGGUACGGCCGCGAAGAAGCCGCGUAACCGUUGA